AUGUCAGAAUCGGACUCUCAAAAUACUUUUCAAGAGAGGUAUGAAGCUUGGGCAAACCAGAUUCCUUGUAUUCGGACAAGUGUACGUGGUGAUUGGAGGGACUACGUCUGGGAAUGGAAUGAAUCGUUGCCAUGUGAGUCCUGUGAAGUUUUAACUGACAUUAUGUGGAAAUUUGGAGAAAAAUCCUGGUGUUCAGCAUGUUAUCUUAAUUCGGACCCACAUAUUCGGAGAACUGGAAAGCCAUACAGAGUUGAUGCUAUUCUCUUUUGCCAAUGGUGUCAGAACAAGUUGUCUUUUUGGGAGGCGUGUGAAGGCAUAUGUUGCAACAUAGGACUUGAACGGCAACAAUCAUUGCAAACCACGUUUUUUAUAUUCGAAGAACCAAGUCUUCGCGACCGACACAUUCCAUUGGAACUAAAACAACUCGAUGAAAUCAAAAAAGAACAAAAAUUCCUUCAAUACGACAAUGAGCUUGCUAAGCUCAACUACGGGUUUUCACAAGAACUACUUGCGAAGCUCAAAUACGAGUCCACACAAGAAAGACUUGCUCUUCACGACGAAAAGGAAAAAAUGGCUCGUGAACGUUUAGGUCGAAUCCUUAUCAAGGCUGGAAAAUCAUUGAUCGCCAACGAGGACACAAAAAAGGGGUGA